AUGGCGUCCUCAAACAACCCGUUCGUCAGAUUCUCGGGGCGGAGAAGCGUGGUGCACAGCACCAAGGGCAUCGUGGCAUGCACGCAGCCCCUUGCUGCAGAGGCAGGUCAGCGCAUCCUCAAGUUAGGAGGCAACGCGGCAGAUGCUGCAAUCGCAGUCGCUGCCGCCAUGAAUAUGACGGAACCAGCGUCGACGGGCCUCGGCGGAGACAUGUUUUGCCUUUACUUUGAUGCCAAAACGAAGGAAAUCCAUGCGUUGAAUGGCUCUGGGCGAAGCGCUAAGAACUCGACGUUGGAGCAAAUCAAGGCGGAUUUAAAUCUGCCUAAAUCAGCUGGGGGCAAGAUCCCGAUUACCAGUCCUCUAUCAAUCACCGUUCCAGGUGCUCCUGCCGGAUGGGUUGAUGCGUUUGAGAAGUUUGGCAGUGGUAGAUUAUCACUGGAGCAAGUUCUCAUGCCUGCGAUUGAGUUGGGCGAGCAGGGCUUCCCUGUUAGCGAAAUAUCUGCCAGGAUGUGGCAAAAUGGGGAAGCAGAACUCAAGCAAGCAUCUCCAAAUUUCCAGGAAAUGUUGAAGUACGAUGACAAAGCUGAAAACUCGGCCCGAGCGCCUAUGGCUGGGGAGAUUUUGAAAAAUCCUACUCUCGCACAGAGCUUUAGAACGCUUGCCACUGAAGGAAAGAAGGGCUUCUACACUGGUCGCAUAGCGCAGGCUAUAGUUGAUAUUGUGAAGUCCAAAGGCGGCUAUUUGGAACUAUCCGAUUUCGAGGACCAUCUAACAUAUGGCACGCAGAAGACUCAGCCCGUAUCUUUGAAGUUUCGAGGUCAAGGAGUGAGAAACCGGGCAACCAGAAACUCAGAAGAUCAUUUCUUCGAACUCUGGGAACAUCCACCCAACGGCCAAGGUAUUGUGGCCCUAAUGGCCUUGGGUAUCUUGGAAGAGCUCGAACGAAAUGGCGAGAUUCCCACCUUUACUACCGAUGACCACAACACUGCCCCAUAUCUACAUGCCUUGAUAGAGUCCCUCCGCAUUGCCUUUGCCGAUGCGACUUGGUGGAUUACAGAUCCAGAACACAGCUCUGUCUCCCCCGCGCACUUGGUCUCGCGUGAAUACCUCGCCAAGCGCGCCAAACUCUUUAACAAGGCUGCGGCCGGUACCCAUGGGAAAGGCCAGCCGGGUCCAAGCCCGGCGCAAAACCACAGCGACACAGUGUACUUCGCUGUUACCGAUGCCGAGGGCAACGGUAUGAGCUUCAUCAACUCCAUUUUCCGUGAGUUUGGCUCUGCUAUCAUCCCCCAGGGCUGCGGCUUCACGUUACAAAACCGCGGUAGCAACUUUGAUCUGGGGCCAGCGGAUCACCCUAAUAUUUACGCCGGCGGCAAGCGACCCUAUCAUACAAUCAUCCCUGGCCUAAUCACGACGGGUGAGGGUACAGAGCGCCAGCUCGAUACCGUAUACGGCGUUAUGGGAGGUCUGAUGCAGCCGCAGGGCCAUGUGCAACUGCUGCUCAACAUGGAGGUCUUCGGCAUGAACCCGCAGGAGGCACUCGAUGCGCCACGCGUUUGUAUCGCCGGCUUCGCGGCUCCUGGAGGUGACAAGGACAUGGGCACCAUCUGGAUUGAGGAGGGCAUCAGUGAGGAGGUACUACAGCAGCUCCGAGCUAUGGGCCAUGACGCGCGCCUGCUUCAAGGCUGGAAUCGAAACUGGUUUGGCCGUGGACAAGUUGUGCGUCGGCGGGUAGAUGAGAUGACAGGUCAGGCAGUAUAUAGCGGAGCAAGUGAUUAUCGUGGAGAUGGGUGUGCGUUUCCCGCUUAA